UUGUAUCAGGAAUCCGGUGACAAGAAUGAUGUGAUUUUCGCAAAUUCACGCGAUUACAAAGCAUCAAUACUUGUGGAAUUGCGUGUUGUUUGAAUAGUCAGUUAAAUAGUUGAAUCAAAUUGUGUUCAAAAUGAGUUCUAUUGGAACUGGGUAUGACUUGUCUGCAUCACAAUUUUCACCUGAUGGACGAGUUUUUCAAGUUGAAUAUGCACAGAAAGCUGUUGAGAACAGUGGAACUGUGAUUGGUUUACGAGGAAAGGACGGAAUUGUAUUUGCAGUAGAAAAGUUAAUUACAUCAAAGCUUUAUGAACCAGGAGCAAAUAAACGAAUAUUUAAUAUUGAUCAUCAUAUUGGUAUGGCAGUGUCUGGAUUAAUAUCAGAUGCACGACAAAUAGUAGAGACUGCUAGAUCAGAAGCAGCAAGUUAUCGUUCUCAAUACGGAAUUGGGAUUCCAGUAAAAUAUUUAAAUGAUCGUGUGGCCAUGUAUAUGCAUGCAUACACUUUGUAUUCUGCUGUAAGACCCUACGGAUGCUCAGUUAUUCUUAGUGCUUACGAGAAAGAUAAUCCUGCUAUGUAUAUGAUUGAUCCUUCUGGUGUUUCUUACGGAUACUUUGGUUGUGCUGUAGGGAAAGCAAAACAGUCAGCAAAGACUGAAAUUGAGAAACUGAAGUUAGCAGACAUGUCGUGUAAGGAUUUGGUGAAAGAAGCUGCACGAAUUAUUUAUCUUGUUCAUGAUGAACUUAAAGACAAACAAUUUGAGUUAGAAAUGAGCUGGGUUGGAGCACAUACAAAAGGUAGACACGAACGAAUUCCACAUGAAAUCAAAUCUGAAGCUGAAGCAAAAGCUCGUCAAGCAAUGGCAGAAGAUUCUGAUAGUGACACUGAAGAUAUGUAAAUGUAAACAAUAUUAAAAAAUUUAUCAAUAUUAAUCUUAAGGAUAAAAAAUGUUUUUUAACGUACUACUUUUUCAAACAUCGUUAUUUUCAUCACCAAUAAAUUUAACUCUUCAAAUA